AUGGCAUCGCAGCAACCUGUGACGCCUCCUCGCAGAAGUUCCCGCAUUGCUAACAGGCCACCUAGGCGCGUUCCAUGGCUAUGGUCUCCAGGCAGUGCGUCCUCCAGCAGAGUCGAAGAGGUGGACCCUUUCGACCAGGAGGACCAAAUCACUAAACUCCUUAGGAAUAUGUACCAGGAGAUUGAUGAGACGGCUACCACACCCCCGGAUGGAGACUUCCUGAGUCGCAUAUACACACUGAUUCGUCGCAUACGAUCACGCCGAUUUUGGUCGGAGGCCGAAGAGGGCUACCGGAUUGAUCUCGACAGAAGCAAGGCGUUUGCUGCCAGUGAGAGGGCAUCGAUCGAGAAUGCCCUCGCACAUUUCACUGAGGAUAUUCAAGACUCGCCUGAUAUCCAGGACGAAUUUCUCGCGCACAUGGUCGAGACGUAUGGAUACCCCUUGCUUUCCAUUUGUCUACACUCGAGCAGCUUCCUCCGGCUCACGGAGACGGGAAACCUUGACCUGGAGACAAAGUUGAAUAAGAAUGAGUGGACACGAAUCAGGAUGCGCUUAGAGUUGAUUGCAGCCAGCCUCGAACUGUUCGCAAAGCUUCGGAGGCUCGAUUUCAUGGCGCCCAUUCGACACUACGAAGCAGACUACAAGCUUCUGCUGUCGAACGUGUUCAGAAAACACAACAGUGUUGAUCGCUGUCGAAAUUUUGGUAUUAGCCCCGAUGAAAUGAACGAGGUUCACAUUGUUGAGCCUUGGGAUAUUGCAGGCAAGCAUUGGGCGCUUCCAGAGAAAAGAGCAGAGCCAGCAGAGAUUUGUUGCAUCAAGUACACAGUAACGCAACACCUGAACGAAGAUUAUCCCGAGCUGGCCGUGGGCGAAGAGCUGACAGAGCCCCAGGAAGACAUUCAGGACUCGAUUUUCCUUGGUGCGUACAGGUGGGUCAACCUUACCCAGUGGCCGUCAGACGAUCCUAGAGAAUCGGGCUACGAGGAUCCUUGUCUUUGCUGCGGCUACCAGCGAGGUCCUGUGCCGAAGAGAAGAGACGGAGCCCGCUACCCCCAGGGAUGCGAGUGUACCUUUGAGGAUCUGCAACGAAAGCAGAAGAGCUUAGUUGGACAACCGCUCUUUGAAAUUAUGACAUCUAGCUUUCUGGGCAGAUGCGUACGAGCCCUUCAAAAUCUUCGCACUGGUGACUAUUUAGGCAUCUACCACGGGGAAAUGUACCCGUUCUUCAAGAAGACUGAACAUGAAAGGCGGGGGCAAGAACAUCUCGAGGACGAGCGCACCGAGCCACGAUAUAGUGGCAAUGUGAAUUCGUCAUACAUCCUUCGUCAAGACCUCGACAGGCGACAUGUGAAGAACCGCUCGAAGAGAAAGACCACUAAGAAGCGGCCCAGGAAUACGGGCUCAGACGAUGAAGAUACUGCACGAGAGAUGGAAGAGCUCGACCCAAGAGAAUGGCGUGUGUAUGCUAUCGAUGCGGCUCUCAAAGGUAAUUUCACCCGCUUCUUGGCCCAUAGUUGUGAUGCGAAUACCAGGUUCGAGGAAAUUUGUUUGGCUCAGAAGAAAGUCAAUGUUCUCGAAGUGAUCCGCCCCAUCCAAUUCGGGGAUUCCAUCACUGUUGAUUAUGGUAAGUUCCAGACUGGCACCAGAGAUAUGGACAAUAGCUGA